AUAUUAUCCUUAAAAAAUAUAACUAAUUUGGGUAAACAAGGAGUGCGGAGCGUGUUAAAGAAGAAUAAGUUCAUCAUGUAUCUUCCAUUUGUCAUAUCGCCGUUUCUUAUACAAUGUUUCGUGUGUGCAACUGUAUCUAUGAAUGUGCUAAGUAAUGGUUGCGCAUAUGGCUUCCCUGCGGUGCUGCUGCCACAACUCAAACUACCAGAUUCUCUCAUACCUCUGACCAAGGCCCAGGAGUCAUGGAUAGCUUCAAUUAUCACCAUAGCGAUGUUAGUGGGUAAUUUAUCCAUGCCAUUGAUACUGGAUAAAUUGGGUCGAAAAAAGGCGCAUUUCUUGAUCAAUAUACCGGCUGUUGUAGGAUGGCUUCUGAUAAUAUUUGCAAACAACGUUCAGAUUAUUCUACUUGCAAGACUGAUGCACGGACUAUCAUUUGGGCAAAUGGUACCUCUACGAGCUGUCGUUAUAGGAGAGUACUCAAGUCCUAAGAACCGCGGGGCAUUCCUAACAACAACUACAGUUGCACAAACACUUGGCAUGUUUUUAGUGCAUUUGAUAGGAUCGCUGAUACACUGGAAGAUGACCGCUCUCAUCUGUGUCUCAUUCACUUUAAUCAGCUUUAUCAUGACAUUUUUUCUACCAGAAUCCCCGAGUUGGCUCGCAAGUAAAGGGAAAUAUGAUGAAUGUAAACAACAUUUCCAUAAACUUAGAGGCGAUCAGGAAGACGCCGAGCUAAACGAGCUCAUCCAAGCUAGAAUGGAGCACAAUGCGACAAAAACUGUCAUAAAUCUUAAAAACAGCGUGGAGAUUGUACGUAAAGUAGAAUUUUAUAAGCCCAUUCUUCUAUUCUUGCAUGUCACGUUACUGGUGUAUGUGGCUGGUGGGAUGAAUUUAGCAGUUUACGGGGUAGCUAUAGUGGGGCUCAUUAUGGGCCCGGGCGUUGAUGCGAAUUUCUGGCUGGUAGAGAUAGAUAUAUUACGUAUAAUCACCAAUAUACUGGCUGUUUACUUCAUGAAGAUGUGUUUGCGUCGCACCGUGGCGUUUAGCACUGGUGUCCUGUGCUUAAUUGCACACGUCGCUGUAGUUGCCCAUGUCAUUAUGAUAAAACAAGGCAUUACCUUAUUUGACUACAUAUGGAUACCAGCUUUACUACUGAAUCUUCAAUGUUUCGCUGUAUCCGCAGGAGUAUUACCAAUAAUGUGCGUAAUUGCUGGGGAAAUAUUUCCUUUGGCUUACCGCAGCAUCGGUAUAAGCUUUGGGACCGCUAUAGCGACGCUUUUCCACUUUCUAAUAUUAAAGACCUUCCCCUACCUCACAUCUUCAGUGGGUAUUGAAGGUGUGUACGGAAUAUAUGGGAGUGUGAUUUUGUACUGUUUGAUAGUUAUGUGGUUUUUGAUGCCGGAGACGAAAGGCCGGACGUUGCAACAGAUUGAAGACAAUUUAAAAGGUGUAGACAGAUCGAGUAAAAAUGGCUGUAACACCAAAACAUCAGCUCCGACCGACAAGUUUUAGUUAAUUACAUAAUACACAAUAAUUAUAUAAAAGUGCAAUAUAUUGGAACUAUUAUAUAUUUAACUCUCAAACUAAACAUUUACAGUUAACUUUCGGCGUAAUAUUUCAAUUCUAUUAUUUGCAAAAAUAUUCUUAUCUAAAUGUACUCACAAUUCAUUUUUAUAGUUGGCUACAUAACGUCACAUUUACUUAUGUUAACACGAUAGUAAUUUAAAAUAUGAAAAUAGAGGUUAAAAAUUAGAUGUAGAAUUAGUACCUUCCAUAAAAUUAUUUCGUAUACUGAGGGAGCUUUUGCCAAUAAUUUUUUGCAGGCGCGAAUUAAUUAUAACAACGUGAUUAUUCUCUUCGUAUGUUCUUCGCAAUUAUACGUGUCUA